AUGCUGCUGGCCGACAGUCGUGAGCGUGCAGAGGUCAUCGCAACAACCGGGCGAUCACAUCCGCGUCCUCGGGCUCAGAGGUUGUGGGCGCAGGAGACUCUGUCCGAUUGGUGGGCAUGCUACGCCGACAAGCUGGAAGGUGGUGCGAGCCAAAGUGUGGCAGACGAAGGUGAUGGACUCUGCCACGCAUGUUCCACGUUUCUUGGCUGUUUUAUCUUCAUUGCGCUGCUCGGCCUUUUGCAAGAGCACCUUCUGAGCAGCUUGAGUGAGACGUACCAGGUGCAGCUGCCGCUUUUAAGUGCUGCAUGGGGCGCUUCGGCUGUUCAGGUCUUCAGCUCGUGGCAACAUGAUGGUGCACAGCCUCGGAGUGUUCUCCUGGGCAAUUUUUUAGGCAGCUGUGCUGGACUCGUCAAGAUCCUGCCUGUCGGCCUGGAACUUCAGGCUGCCCUGGCGGUUGCAGCCACCAUCGCCGCACAAGAGUUGACUGGAUCGGUUCAUCCGGCAGGUGCUGCCAACGCAAUCAUCUUCUUGGAGGCCCAGUCAUGCCCAUGGCCAUCCUUUGCAUGCAUGUCUGCAAGUGCAGCAGUGCUCUUGGUUGCGGUUGCAGCUCUCUUCAACAACACGUGUAUGGACCGACUGUAUCCGCAGGCCUGGUGGCCAUCGCCGGCCGUGGAGUCGGAGAUAGGAUCCGCCCCAAAGCCUCCAGUGGGCUUCAUCGCGGAUGCUCCCCAGCAAUGGCUGCCAACCUACCUGCUGAAGCUUCGAGGGGCAGGUAGUCGCGGCCCGGUGCCAGUUUCGUACGCUCACACUUGCUUCAGCUCCUUGGCGGCCUUUGUUUACAUGGUGUCUGUGGCCGCACUCAAUGAUCUAUUGGGCUGGACUCCGGCAUCGCUAAUCGGACCCGCGGCGGCCUCUGUGUCGGUCUUCAGCGACUGGCGAGGCGCCAGCUCGCAGCCCUGGCCCUGCGUCGUCGGCUGCGUGCUGGGCGCUGCCUCCGGAUCGCUCUUCCUCCUGGAAGCGAGCGAGGCGACACCGGAAACCCCAGCAUCCCCAGCGGGCGGCUCAGCUUUCGCUGGGCACUUGUGGAUGCCAGCUGCCAUGGCUGUAGCCUUCUCUGCAGCACUUCAAGAGCUCACUUUUGCCAAGAUCCCUGCAGGCGGCUCUAUCGCUCUGAGCAUCAUUGUGAUGCCAGAAGCUCGCAGACGGGGCUGGAGCUUCGUCCUACAGCCUGGUGUGCUCAGCACGUGCCUCCUCGUGAUCUACGGAGCGUUGCUGAACAACUUACAGGAAACCAGGCUCUAUCCUCGUCAUUGGCCAUGGCAGCGUGCUACUCCCGGAUUGCCCCAGCAAGGAUAUUCCGAAAGGGUACUGCAGAGGCAUCGUUCUGAUGUUGAGAAGACACCCUUCAGCGCACUCGCCAAGACGAACGUUGGCUGGCUGAUGGUCCUGUCGCAGAUUGUUUUCCUGAUAUUUCUCAUGUUUGCCGAACUCGACACGACUUCCGUGGAUGUGGUGGAGAAAUUUGACCACGUUGCUGGACUGUCCUUGCUGACCGUGGUCGGUCUUGGCUUCAUGAGGGCCUUUGCCAAAGCGCAUGGCUUAGGAGCCGUGGCUUUCUGCCUGGUCAUCACGUCCUUAGCCAUACAGUGGUCGAUGGUGCUGGAAAGUCUCCUCAACCAGACGGUGCUCAGCAUUGGCUUAGACUCGCUUUCGUCGGGGUAUUUUGCUGCUGCGACUGCACUCGUCUCCUUUGGAGCCUUGAUUGGCAAGGUCAGCCUCCGGCAAGUCUUUUUGGUUCUGCUGAUAGAGUUGCCAUGCUACUGCUGGACCAGAAGUGGUGGGCUCUCCAGGGACCGCGUGCCACACGUGCAUCCUGAUGGCCUUGACGGCCUUGAGAUUCAUCUCUUCGGAGCUUUGUUCGGCUACUCGGCAGCGUGCCUACUGGGCCCCUUCGAGAUGGACUGGCUGCAUGAGGGCAGCUAUGGUCUGGACCUGGUCUCUCUGUUGGGGACCCUCUGCUUCUGGAUCUGCUUUCCAAACAUCGGCUACGGCUCCCGGACGCAGCAUGCGCACAUCAUCGUCGUCCUGGCACUGUUGGGCUCCACAGUUGCCGCCUUCGUUACGGACUCGCUGAGCGAUUCUGGAAAGCUGAGCGUCGCAUGCAUCCGCACGGCCGUCCUUGCCGGAGGCAUCGCAAUUUCUGCAGUGUCGGACACGGUGGAUCCGGGAUUUGCGGUGAUGGUCGGGUCUGUGGCCGGCGCCAUUUCGGUACUGGGACUCCGGUUCUUGUCACGCAGCAGCGUGGACACGUGUGGUGUUCUAUUCGCCCACGGGAUGCCGGCUCUACUGGGUUGGAUCCUUUAUGCAUCGCCAGUGCUGCAGAACAGCGCAAAAGCCCCCGAGAGCCCAGCAGUUCAGCUCAGCAGACUCGGCAGCUGUGCGGUGACAGCCAUUCUCUCGGGCUGCUGCUGUGGCUACUUGCUGCGACGCACACGGUCGGAGAGUCAGGAUCUUGCUACUUCAGAUGAAGCAAUCUGGGUUUGUGCCCAGGACGGGAGAUGA